UGUGCAUAUUGGUCACAUAUAAAAAAAAAUAUCAUGGUGUAAAUAUAUAUGAGGCAACAUCCCCUGUGUAUGACUGGCCUCUGCAAAUGCCAACUUCAGAGACAGACAGAGAGCGAGUGAGUGCGCAUGCUAGAGAGAGAGAGAGAGAGAGAGAGAGAGAGAGAGAGAGAUGUUGUGGGAAAAAAACCCCACACGAAACGUUAGAUCAGACAGCAGACGGGAGGGGGAAUCACUGGUUUCACUGAAACACUAGAGAACACAAGGCUCCUCAUCUCAUCACAGCUUUACAGUGCUGUAGUGGAAAAUGAAAUGAGCACGACACUAAAGGAACACUGACGGAACAUUUCCACAGCGUUAAAGCGACUUCUCUGCACCACCUUCAGUGAAGAACCUCUGCUGCCGGCAGGUUUGUGCACUACACACAGUGUACGAGUGCGCGGUGCUGGUACUGUUGACGAUGAGGACCUUGCAGGACUACGACAGGAGCCUCUUGAGUUUGGAGAAGUGGUUCUACUCACAGAGGAACCCUUAAGGAACCGGGGAGUUAAAUUAUGCUUUGAAUUGACAAGAGAGUGAGAAAGAAAACGAGAACCUCUUAGCCCUUCUUCAGAACCUGACCACAUAUACAGUAAACAAAAAGGUUUUUGUGUCCUGUGCAGCGAUUGGUAGAAAGACAGAGGCCUGGUGUCCCACCCACUGGUUGUCCUGACUGGGCCGAGUGGCAUGAGUGUGGGAAAGACCCCUCGAUACAACGUCGUGUCAUCAUCGGAGGAGGACUUCCAUCACCACGGCAACAUGCCUGCCCUCGGCAAUGGCUUUGGAAAUGGUAAGAUCCAGACACGGCGAAAGCCACGCAGCCGCUUUGUUAACAAAACCGGACAGUGUAACGUCAACUUUUCACACAUGGAAGAGCAAUCGCAGCGCUACUUGGCAGACAUCUUCACGACCUGUGUGGACAUCCGUUGGCGCUGGAUGUUUUUUCUCUUCUCUCUUGCUUUCAUUCUGUCCUGGCUGGCGUUCGGUUUCAUCUUCUGGCUCAUUGCCCUUGCACAUGGUGACUUUGAGAGAAGUUCCAAUGAAGACUUCAUACCCUGCAUCAUGCAGGUUAACAGUUUUGUGGCAGCCUUCCUGUUCUCAGUCGAGACCCAGACCACAAUCGGAUACGGCUUCCGCUGUGUGACUGAAGAGUGCCCACUGGCUGUAUUUAUGGUUGUUGUACAGUCUAUUUUGGGGUGUAUCAUUGAUGCUUUCAUGAUUGGUGCCAUCAUGGCUAAAAUGGCCCGGCCCAAAAAGCGUGCACAGACAUUGCUAUUUUCACACAAUGCUGUCAUAGCUAUGCGUGAUGGAAAGCUGUGCUUAAUGUGGCGUGUAGGAAACUUGCGCAAGAGUCACAUUGUUGAGGCCCACGUACGAGCACAGCUGAUUAAACCAAGAGUGACGGAAGAGGGUGAGUACAUCCCACUUGACCAGAUUGACAUCAACGUUGGCUACGACCAAGGUAUCGACCGCAUCUUCCUUGUUUCUCCUCUGACCAUCAUCCAUGAGAUAAAUGAGGAGAGCCCACUCUUUGGAAUCAGCAAACAGGACCUGGUUAAUGAAGACUUUGAGAUUGUGGUGAUCCUUGAGGGCAUGGUCGAGGCCACGGCAAUGACAGCUCAGGUGCGCAGCUCUUACCUGUCCAGCGAAAUCUUAUGGGGUCAUCGCUUUGAGCCAGUAGUGUUUGAAGAGAAGAACCACUACAAGGUAGACUUUACGCACUUCCACAAGACUUAUGAGGUCCCCUCUACACCACGCUGUAGUGCCAAAGACAUUGAGGACAGCAGGUCAUUGCACUCCACUGCUAAUUUCUGUUAUGAGAAUGAGCUGGCAUUCAGCAGGGAGGACGAGGAGGAGGAGGAGGAAGAUGUAAGGGGAAUUUUGGGGACUGAGAUGGAAACCCUAUCAGCCAGCCUGAACUCUGACCAGAGAUCACACCAUAAAGAGUCUGAGAUAUGAUCUCUGACAUGACUGACCCUUGACAUUCACCUCUAGAGAAUUUUAUUUUAACGUAGAUCCAGUCUGUCCAUUUAGUUUCGGCUUGAACUGACAGAUACGAAGCAAAGCAAGUGCCAAUAUGAACCACUGACCCUGCUGACUUAGUGCCAUGGUGCAGUCAAGGACAGGCGACAUUAUGUUCAUGACUGUUGCUGGAUGGCCUUC